ACUUUGCACCUUUUCAUUUUCAGUUAAUUUGAUAUUUGUGUGUACAAUUUGUCUUUUUUUAAAAAAAAAAAAUUAAAAUAAACCACCUGUGAUCAGUUCGGCUGUCAGAAUUGCAUUUUAUUUUUCCAGAAAGUUUUAGCAACAGGAACAAAUCUCCAAAAUUGUGUCCUCAUAAUCAAAAGUUCAACUCUUUCUCCAAAGACAGAAAACCGCCAUUACCCACUAAUUAAAUCAAUCCACUUGAAUACCGAUCGAGUCCUUGAUUAGAUCUAUACUCAUGUGAUAAAUGUUUUAACAGCUCAAACUCAGUUUGAAGGCGAUUCAUUUUCAAGAUCUGCACAGGCGCCGCUUCAAGACUUUUAUUUUGAAACUGUUUGUUUACGUCCGAAUGUGCGUCCUGCGUCACGCCGGCGCCCGUCGUAGAGAAGCAGCGUCACACACUCCGCACCAGAAACAGCACAUUAUCUGUGUUUAUAAAGUUAAAAAAUGACGGUGUGUAGCUUCUUUCUUCAAGGUCGCUGUAGAUACGGAGACAAGUGCUGGAAUGAACAUCCGAGAGGCGGAAGAGGAGGAGAUUACAGAGGAAACCAGCAGCCCAACAGAGGAGGCUUUGGGAACCGCGUGUGGAUAAAUCCGUCUCAGCGCAGCGGCGGCGAUUAUGACCAGCCGCCCUCGUUCUCUCGCGGAGGGAAUAACGACUGGAGCCGAGGAGGAGGAGGAGGAGGAGGAGGAGGAGGAGGCACACAAAACAUCAAGAGCUCCGACUUCAGCUUCAGCAGCCCGAACAGAUUCUCAGCGCUCACCUCGAACAGUCACGCGGAUAAAGGAGAACAGAACUCAGCGGAUGAUGUGGAUACAAUCCAGAACGACAUGGAGAGCUGGCAGACGUCCGGUCAGUGGCCGUUUUCCUGUUAUUCUGCCCUCAAAGGCCGGAUCUCAGGGUUUGUUGAGGUGUCUCCUGAGGAGCUGAGGCUGGAAUAUUACACCGGCCGAGCGUCCGGUGAUUCACAGGCUUACAUGAGCUUGGUUCAGCAGCUGGUGAACCAGUGGAGCAGCAGAGUCCAGGAGCUGCGGACCAUGAGCAGCUCCACUCGGAUCAGUGUGAUCUCAGAGCUCAAUAACCCCAGCUCACCAACAUCAACACACGGGUUUGGGUCGACGGCAUCAGGGUUUGGAGCCACAUCUUCUUCAUCAUCAUCAUCAUCUGGCUUUGGAGCAGGAGGGUUCGGUUCGGCCUCGCAGAGCAGUAGCGGCUUCAGCUUUGCCCCGUCCCAAACGGACUUUGGAGCAUCAAAUACCCAGCAGGCCUCUGGGUUUAGCAGCGCUGAGUUCGCUCAGCCCUCGUCAGGUUUCGUCGCUCAGUCUGCAGCCUCCUUUUCAUUCGCUGCUCCAGCCACAGAAAACAAAGCCAGCUCUGCGUCUGCGUUCAGCUUCAAGCCGUCUUCAGGGGGUCUGGGCACCGAGUUUGGGUCGUCGGCACCGGCCGACAGCGGUGGUUUGGGUCAGAGCGGCGCUAGCGCUGGUCAUUCUGCAGACAGUCUGUUCACGGCCCACAGUGACCUGACCCCUGAAGAACUGAAGGAGUUCACAGCUAAACGCUUCACGCUGGGACAGAUCCCUCUCAAACCGCCUCCUGCUAACCUCCUCGUGGUCUAACGCGGACUCUGGGGGUUUGGGAGCGGGUUUCUCUUCUUAAUGCAAUAUUAUUAAACACAUUUAUGGACUAAGA